AUGCUGCUCAAGAACCCACUUCCCACGAGCUCUCCUUCACCAUGUUGGCCGCGAAAUCGUCUGGUUACACCGGGCCGUAGAUGGCAACAUCGAUCGUACGCUACCGUACACGACGGAAAACCGAGUCAUGUACCGAAAUGGCCGUUAUCUGCCCACCCUACACCUUACGAGAUCUUCGGUCUCACGCGCGACGCACCCUACAGCAAAGCACGGUACUUUGAACUCGCAAAGUUGUAUCAUCCCGACCGCCAGCACCAAACUUCCCUCGACGGAAUCUCGCGCCUGACGAAACUCGAACGAUACCGCCUCGUCGUCGCAGCCAACGAGAUCCUCAGCAACCCACAGAAAAAGAGAAUGUACGACCUGUACGGUUUUGGUUGGGGAGACUGUAACGAUUCCCAUGCCGGCCAUCAAGAGGCAUACCGGGCGUGGAGGCAGGAUCCCAUCAUGAACAAUGCCACGUGGGAGGAUUGGGAGCGUUACUACCAGCAGGGUGGCAGCGGCGAGAAGCAGGAGCAAGUGUUUACAUCCAACAUUGCGUUCAUGGCCAUCAUCUCGGCUGUCCUAAUUGUUGGCACCUGGAGCCAGAUGACCAGGGCGGGCACAAACUCGGUCAGCCUGAUGGAGAUGCGGGACCAGCAGCAUGCCGCUAUUAGCAAGGAGCUGCGCGAGCUUAGGAACCAGAGGCGCGGCUUGGACAAGGAGACAAGAGUCCAGGAGUUUAUCCGGCAGCGUGAGAUUGAAAGAUGGGCAUACGAUCCACCUGGACAUACUCUGCCAGCUCCCAGCGGCAAGAAAGCAGACUGA